CCCAAAGCCCUUGAGAGAGAGAGAAUUAAGUCUGUUUUAUUUGCCCUGAUUUCUCACUCAGUUUUACUGUCUGCAUCCUCUAAGCUUUGGAAAGCGACAGAAACCAUUCUGCUUUGCGACCGGAUCAGGCUGCCGUCCCAGAAUUGUGUUUGCGUGUCUGUGUGCCCUGAGGAAGGGUUAGGGGGUAGGGCUGACCUGCGUGUGCCUUAUGGGAGGGGUAGAUACCGCAUGUAUUCUCUGUCUGUUCUGGCCAUUGUCUUGCACUGGUUACAGGCUUAGUAUUUUCAUUCAGUAAUUUCUUUUAUUUUCUCGUAAACAGGAGAGUUCAUGGCUGCUGCAAGUGUCGGCACUGCAGCUUCACCGCGGGCGACACCGCCGCCCUGCUGGAGCACUUCAACGCUGCGCACUGCCAGGACCCGCGGGAUCCCUCCCCGAGCCCCAGCAAUGGCUGCCCCCCCCCCUCCAGCGCGAGUGUAAAGGAGGAGAGCAAAGGCGACCUCAAGGUGUAUAGCCUAGUGCCCCCGGACGCCAGGUCGGCUGAGGUGGGGGCUGGGCCGGAGGGCGUGAAGAGGGAGAUGCCCGACGAGAAGGAGGCGCUCAGGGAGAAGGGCUGGGGGGAGUCGGCGGGGGGCGGCGGGGAGCCGACCCGAGGCCUGCUGUGGGUCCCCAAAGAGCGCACUGCCGAUAUCCUGAGGGCCAGCCCAUCGCAGUACAGCCAGGGGACCCUCAGCCUGCUCAACCCCGUCUCACAGGAGCAGCACCAGCAGACUACCACCGUGCUUAGGGAUUCCCCCGGCCUGGUGUUCGGCCUGGGUGCGGACGCCAAGGGCUUCCUGCCGGGGGCGCACGCGAGCGGCGUGGAGAAGGUUGGCCAGCUGCCGCCGCAGUACUCUACUGACAGCAAGGCCAGCAAAGAGGAGCCAUCAUCGCUUUUACGGACUCCCAGGCCCCUGAACAUCAUCAAACAGAACAACGGGGAGCAGAUUAUCCGCCGGCGCACGCGCAAGCGUCUGAACCCUGACUCCAUGCCCGUCGAGCCCGUGAGCUCCAAGCAGCAAAGGGUGGGGGCCGAGGAGCAGGUCAAUGGCAGCCCCCUGGAGCGGAGACCCGACGAGGCCGGCCCGGACCCCCCCGCCGCCUCCCGGGGUGAGCACCAGCCCGCUCUCACCAAAGCUGACGUCUACAGCUCGUUGGGAACCAAGGGCCAUCCCAGUCCGCGUUCCACCCACGCGUUCCUGGUCAGCCAGACCCUGGAGAUCCACAAGCGCAUGCCCCCUUUGCACAAGAGCCCCCAGGACAGCGGGCCGGAAGGGAACGGCAUUGGGGCAGGGAUUCCGGUAGCCGCCGAGGGCAAGAGCAGCUCGGAGCGGGGCAGCCCCAUCGAGAAGUACAUGAGGCCGGCGAAGCAGGCCAGUUACUCACCUCCUGGGAGCCCCAUCGAGAAGUACCAGUACCCCUUCUUCAGCCUGCCCUUCCUCCAUAGUGACCUGCAGAGUGAAGCUGACUGGCUUCGCUUCUGGACUAAGUAUAAGAUGUCUGUGCCAGGGAACCCCCCUUACCUUAACGUGCCCAGCCUGGCGAACCCCUGCCAAAGCUUUGUGCCUUACCCUCCCUUCGGCGUGGCCCCGCAUUUCCCCGCACCGGGUCCGGACAACGACAUUCCCCUGGACCUGGCCGUCAGACAUUCCAAACCGGUCCCUGCCAACGGGGCCUCUGGCAGCGGGAGACGAGGGCUGCCACAGGCGCCGAGGGCACCGGCGAAGGGAGGAGGGGAUGACGAGGAUGAGGAGGUAGACGAGGCCUCCUGCGCGGAGCCCGCGGCCAAACGUGGCGGCCCGCCGCCCGAGAAGGUGGAGCGGGGCACUCAGGACGAGCAGUCAAGCAAGUGCGCCCACUGCAGCGUCGUCUUCCUGGAUGAGGUCAUGUAUGCCCUGCACAUGAGCUGCCACGGCGACGGCGGCCCAUUCCAGUGCAGCAUCUGCCUGCACGCUUGCGCGGACAAGUACGACUUCACCACGCACAUACAGCGGGGGCUGCACCGGCCGGCGGGGGAGGUCCGGGCCGAUGCCAGUCCCAAGGAGUGAACUGAGCAUGCCCAGCACAAGCGGCCUUCUGGACGAAACUGAGGGCUGUGGGAUCAAUAGCCGAUGAACAAAUUAACGAGCGGGGAGCCGGGAAAGGGGGCGGGGCAGGGGGGGAUUGCUAACAGUGCCGCAGUGACUCAAACUUAGUAGGGAACUAAUGAAAUCUUAACAUUUAUGGCGUACGGUGUUCAGUGUACAGCUAUUCAGACUCUGUGUAAAAGGAUAUGCUUUUAAAAUGAAAUGGUACAAAUGACAUCCUUUUUCUUUUCCUUUCCUUUUGACAAGGCAGUUCAGCAAAUAAGGUACUUCUGCACAGGUUUUUCUUGUUUGUUUGUUUUCAUUUCCGGUAAGAUGGGGUUUGCUUCUUCUGCGAGCUGUCUCGCCGAUCGUUUGGGAGUUAAAGGGCAGGCGCGUCCGCUCGUACCUGACGCCGUGGGUGGGGAUCACCGGCCACGACCCCUCUGCCGCGGCCUGCGUCCUCACAGCUUGCUCUCGAUCGCCAAGUCUCUACGGCGACGAUACAGUUGCGAAAGGAAAAAAAAGUAAAAAUAAAUUAAAAAAAUACAACACCCUCAGGGAAUCAUUCAGCAGAGUGAGAAGCAGUUGUUAGCUCAGUCGUUUAUUGGUCUACGGUUGACAUUGAACCAAGCUUUUUGUGUGUAGAUGUACGUCCAUCUGUUUGUUUGCUGUGUUCCCACCAUAGAAACGAACGUCGUUACACAAGUCAUUCUAGACAUUAAGCUACUGCCUUAGUUGCUGGUAAACAAACCUUAGGUCACUAAAGAUGUUUGAAAAGAAAGUCCUAUUUUUUUCUAACUUGUUAAAAAAAAUCAUGUCAGUGCCUGAUACAUUGUAUAAAAUAUUUUCUACCUGGUAUGUUGAUAUGCAACAUUGAGUACACAUCUGAUGAACUGGGGUCCAGUGUUCUGGCUCUGAGUAACUGUUUACAUUUGCAAAUGUAGCAAACAAGGUAAUGAAGCGAACUUCUAUUUUUGAAAUUUUAAAGUUUUUUUUUUUUUAAAUCCCUCUUCUCCCUGAGAAAGGAGAGAUGCUACUAAGAAACAUUUGUUUUAUCUUUUAAUGGUUCUCGCAAGAAGAAAAGAAGGAUAAAGAUUGAAAUAGAAAUAUGGCGCCAAGGAAGUCAAACGCACUAUCCAUUCCAUUCAAUGCCUGUCUUUAUUCCAGAAUACUUAGGUUUGCGCUUAAUCGUAUGAUAUCGAUGUGCAUUGUAUUGGAGUUUAUUCUACCUUUUUUUCUUUCCAUCAACCUUUUUAGAAUUAUCUCAAGGAAUGCCGAUUAAUUAAGCUUAAUUGCUUAAUUUGCAGGGUCUUGCCCCUCCCACCUAAUUCUCUGUUAAGGUUUGGUUUCAUUCUCCAGUAUCAUGUUUUUUUUUUUUCCAUGUUUAAUUUCAUUUUCAUCUGCAUUAAACACAGCAAAGUACAAACUUGACAGAAAAAAACUAAGAAAACCAUAUGUUCGUUUCUGAGAAUCGGUGAAACUUUGAGUCGGACACGUACGUUGCGAAGCUCUCUGUAGACAGUCAGACACUGUCAGGAGGCGAUCGAGGUGCCUUUGAAUUUGCGAGUCUGAAGGCCGGACACCCUACAUAAAACAACUCACCAAAGCUUCAUCCAAAUUCGCAAGCUUUAUGGAGCGGUAAACAUGGAGUUCCACCUUUAACUAGCGGGUCAUGGUUGUGUCACCCCCCCCAUGUUAUUGCCGGUGGUGCAGCACCAGGAUUCAGCAAGCAGAUUUUAGCGAUUUCCUUCUGAACAUUAAUCAGCCCACCACCCUGCUGGGGUGCAGCAAACAUCGUAACGAGAUCACUCCUGCCUUCGGCCGGGACUUGAGCUUAAUAACCGAUAUUCACAUCUUCCCGCUGCGUUGUGGGUUUCCCUCCAGUUCACUACAGUUAGGACACUCUCAGUGUGCACUUACAUUUUAUGUCUCAUCCUUGGCUCAGUGCUGCAGGGGGGGUCUUUGCAUGCACAUGCACACUCGUUUAUACGGGCGUGAGCGGUGGCGGACGGAGAGCUACAGGAAUCAAGUUUGCUGGAUUGGAUUUUACUGAGAAAUCAGACUCGUUUAAAAGCCUUACAGUGCUGCUUCACUGCAAAUGCCUCCUCCUGUAAAGAAAAAUAAACUUCAUUUCAUGGGAGCAUUUAUAGGAAAUUAAGUAACAAGGUUUUUUUUUUUUUUUUUUUUUUUAAACUAUGUUUUAAUUUAAAGUAUGUUAAUGCUUGCACUUCAGUUAUCCAUUUGUAUUGCCAAGGAAGAAAGUUUAAAAUGUGUAAUUAGCAUGCUGCGUACAGGUACUGCGUCUUAAUCUGCGGAAGUGAUCAUGCGUAUUUUAACAGACUUACUGCGAGGCUUGAGAUACGGGAAACACAGUAGAGAUUCGUAUGAAGAACUCAAAUGGUAUGCCAGAGCAUGUCCAAAAGCAAGUCGACGUUUUAACCAUGAUUUUAGUGUUUUUUUUUGUUUUGUUGUUGUUUUGUUUUUGUUUGUUUGUUUUUACACUUUACCGCAUUUACGUUGCAUAGAUGAUGGUUUAGGUUAUCUUAAUUUGUUUUUCUGCUGCCACCUUAAAUGGUUUUAUUGUGUUGUAUGUUCUACAUGCAAAAAAAAAGACGAAUAUCAGCAAAGAUAGCAAAGAUGCCUGUUACAUCUAAACUUGAAUAAUAAUAAUAAUAAUAAUGAUAUUAAAAAGUAAUCAUAAUAAAACCUUUUUGACAACUUU